AUGUCUGGAGAAAUCAUAUCAAAUGGCUUAAUUGGAAGUGUUGAACUUGAACCAUUGUCUGCAGCUGAUUGUUUUUUGAUCAUACGCUGUAAACAUUUCCAGGUAAUCAAUCUUUUUAUAUCCAGAGAUGGAAUUUGUCAAGAUCUCUAUGAAACGUUGCUUAGAUGUUCGAAAACGGUUAACGUCUGCGAAUUGGUAGCGUUUGAAAACAGAGACGUAGCUGAAGAUGCCCGAGGGCGGUCACGUCUUGACUGGGCUGUGGAGUUCACUCGACAGGGUGUAGAUAGUGAAUGGGGUGAAAACGAUUUCAAUAAAGUAUAUUGCAGCUGUGACACGUGUCCAGAACGACUAUGGUUGCCGGUGGCGGCGAGUACCACCACUCUAAUGGGCUCAUGUCGGUUCCCAUCUCGAGGACGGUUACCGGUGUUAACUUAUUUCUACACACCUAAUGGUGCAGCUAUUUGUAGACGUUCGGCUGUGCACUCACUUCUUCAGCUCGUCCAUGUAACACCACAAGUACGCUGAUCGAAGAUUUCUGGUAAUGCCGUAAAAAAGCAAUGACGGGUUGCUUGCGGCUAUUCUCAUUUUUGGAAAGAAAAAAGUUUACAAUGAGCAAUCCACCAAUGUCAACGGUUGGAUUGCAAGUCGCACGGACGAGAAAUUUGUGAAAGUGCUCCUAGACCAAAUUAUUUCACGAUGAGAAGGCACAGUCAACAAGGAAUGUUUUGGAUGCGUACUUUGCUCACAACCCUUGUCAGAAAUAGGGUUCUGUAGAUCUUGUUGUCAGUGUUAAUUGUGUCAUUGUAGAAUUAUGUUGAACAUACUGAGUUU